CGGAUGUGACGUGUGUUAGGCGCUGGCGGCCUGGCGCUCAGUUUAAAGAGUCUGGAGGAGCCUAAAGUUUGGAUGAUUUCUGAAAGCAGCGGCUGUCCUGUGUGGAAAACUAAACAAUAGCGUUAAAAAUCCUAAAUGCGUGAACAUGUCGAGGAAUAGUAUGUCUCUGGAUGAUAUGCCCCUGUCAAGUGUUCAGGGAUCUUUGUUACAUCCGACUAAAAGAGGCAACAAACGAAAGUACAUGACCUGCAGCAGCGACGGCCUGGAGUGCACCCCGACAGACUGCAUCCAGCACUGCUCCCCCCGCCCCACACAGCGCCUGCUCUCCAGGGGCAAGGAGAACGAGGACAACCUGUUUGUCAUUGCAAGGAGACCCAGGAGGAAGAGGGAACUUGUAUCUGGCCUUUCAUGGGAUCACCUACCCGAUGAGCUUCUUCUGAAGAUCUUCUUCUACCUUCCUCUGCAGGAGCUUCUAAAGAUGGCCUCUGUCUGCAAACGCUGGCACCGCUUAGUAUUUGAUGAAUCUCUGUGGCACAGUGUGGAUCUUGAGGGUCUUACUCACAUGGGCCCUGCUCUGCAGCACAUCCUGAAGAACGGAGUCCGCAGACUGCGCUGCCCACGUGCCUUUGUGGAAGAGCUGCAAUUCACAAGUAGUAGACCAUUACAAUUGAUUCAGAUGGAUCUGUCUAGUUCAAUUAUCCCAGUAGCUGCUUUGGAGGGUAUUAUUGCAAGUUGUACACAACUACAAGAUUUGAGCUUAGAAGGACUGCAGCUGUCUGAUACAGUCAUUCACUCAUUGGCUAAAAAUGGUAAUCUUGAACAACUGAACAUAAGCGGGUGCUCUGGCUUUUCUUCUGGUGCCUUAGAGGGGAUGCUCAAAUCAUGUCAAAGGAUAUUACAAUUGAAUAUAUCAUGGUGCGACUUCAUAAGUGAUCAUGUGAAAAGUGUCGUUCACAAUGUAAGCCCCUGUGUUACUCACCUGAACCUCAGUGGUUACAGAGAGAAUCUGACUCUUGAGGAUAUUAAAGUGCUGGUGUCAAGAUGCCAAAAGAUCCACAUUUUAGACUUGAGUGACAGCACUCUCCUGAUGGCGGACAGCUUUCCAGUGCUGGCUCAGCUCAAAUAUCUGUUGCAUUUGUCUUUGAGUCGCUGCUAUCACAUCCAUCCAGCAGCUCUGAGUGAUUUGGCCAAAAAAAUCCCAUCACUCGUUAUGCUUGAUGUGUUUGGUCUCAUCAAUGACAGCCACUUGCCGGCACUAAAAAAAGAAAUGCCCCACAUCUCCAUCAACUCCAGGCUGUUCUCGACAAUCGCCCGACCAACUCCAGCCGAGAGAGCUGUCGGUCACAAUAGCGACUGUACCAUGUGGAACCAGAGAUGCCGACUUAGGGUUAGAUUGUAAUCAAAGUUAGUGUUUUAAUUUGUUUGCCCAUGUGCAGUGAAGGAGCAGUGUUUCAGUGGUUCUUGCUGCUAAUGUUUUAAUAGUCAAUUUGAAAAACGGCGCUAAAUGGCAGAGUGACACUCGCAAGUGCUGACAAUUUCCAGCCUUUAGAGAUUUCAUUUUACGUAGGAAGGUUUUUUUCUACUUUUUACUACUGUUCUAGUUGGAAUGUUGGAAAAAAUGUGUUUAAAGUCUGAUGUUAGGUUCUAAUAAUGUCCUUAAUUUAAAUGUAAUAUUGAAAGACUCAUGCAAAAUGUAAAAUUCAAGUUAUAAAGGGCCAAAUAUUCGAGGUUGAUGCUUGAAAUGCUUUUCUGAAUGGCACUGGUGCAUGGUGUGGGAUCUGUACCAAUGCUUACAAUUUCAAUCUGUAUUAUUUUUAUCUGGAUACAGAGUUUUUAUGCCCAUAAUGUGUCCAUUUGUAUGACUUUUAUCCAAACCAUCAAAUGAAUUGUGGAAAAUUAAUGAGUCUUUGAAAUAAAAUUCAAACUUGUAAUAACAUUACUUAACCUUUUAAAGUGAGCAUUAAUAUGAAUAAAACAAAUAAGGUGAUGGUUAAAAUG